AACAAUGAUUUGUCGUGUUGGCACUUCGCGUAACUGCUGUUUUGCGCCAGUCAUCAUCAGAACCACGCCCCGACAACGACACAAUAACGCGUGUCUUGCUUGCUUGCUGUGUCCACCAUUCAUCACGACGCUCCGUCGCUGCCCAACCACACACACACAACACACACACAACACACACAUAUGACGAGCAGCAGCGCGAGAACGACGGCUGGCCACGACGUGCUGGUUCAAGGCCUUGAGUGGGAGGAGGACCUGGCCGUGUGUGUGGAGGACGCACAUCAUCACCAGCAACACGCGCCACCCCAUCACCACCACGACGGCCACCACGACGGCCACCACGACGGCCACCACGACGGCCACCACGACGGCCACCACGACGGCGAUGGCGAUGGCGAAGCGAGCAGCAGGGAUCCUGUGGCGCAGGAGCUGCGGAUGCGGAUGCAGCCAUUGCUGACAGAGCUAUCUGUUGCCAGCAUGUCAUGCACGGAACCGGACGCCGCCACAACGUCCGUGACCACAACCAUGACAACCACCCGCGUCCCAGCACGCACGCCCGGCGCAGCCGACACCGUCACCGCCACAACCAGAACAGUCACGGAGACAGAGCAAGCAGUAAGCCAGGAUCAGUUGCAGCGAGAGGACGCGCAACAGGACAGUAGGGUCACGCAUGGGCAGCAGCGCUUGUUGGAGGAACAACGGAGCAGACAGGAGACGAGCGGCAAGAACGACACAAGCCUGGAGCAGAAGAAGAAGCAGAAGAAGCAGAAGAAGCAGAAGGAGAAGACGAGGGUGUACAUUGUGCGGCAUGGUGAGCGGCUGGAUGAGGUGAGCAACAACACGUGGCGACACAAGGAGUGCCCAGAGACACACGGGCGGUCGUAUGACCCGCCGCUGACGGAGGAAGGCAAGGGCCAGGCGCGAUCGGCAGCCAAGUUUAUCGCCAAGAAGAAGCUGCACGUGGACGUGCUGUACACGAGCUCGCUGAUCCGCUGCGUAUCCACAGCAGCCGUCGUUGCGCAGGCGCUGGAUCUCAAGCUGGCAGCGUGCGAUGCCUUGGCCGAGUGUGCCGCAGCGGUGCGUGAACGGACCAUUGGAGGCACACGGUUUGCCGACGACGACGAGAUCAACGCGCUCGUUGGCGACAGCACAUCGUACGUGGCGCGGCGGCGGUGCGGGUCAUCGAGCUUUCGAGAGGCGUUGGUGAAGCUGUGCACGAAGCAUGCGGGCCACUGCUUCCUCAUCUGCUCGCACCGCGAGGCAAUACGCGACCUCCUGGCUGAGGUUGGGCACACGGCCCGUCUCGGGUACUGUGCUGUGGCCGGGUUUGAGUACGAUCACAGCAACGACACGUUUACGCUGGUCGAUGCACACAAGGACACCGUGCAAGUGUUCAAACCAACGAACCGCAGAUGGUGGUGAUGUUGCAUGGAACGUGGAGUGCAUGUGUGUGUGUGUGUGUCUGUGUGUGUGUCUGUGUGUGUGUCUGUGUGUGUGUCU